AUGGGAGCCAGUUAUUCCAUUGCCCAUGGUGUUAACGAAGACGUGGAAGUGUCUGAUCGUAAAGGUAACAUCUUAAAGGCGUCCGCCUACCGAGUAAGUCAGUGGGCCAGACGACCACCUGGGCCACGUACAGGCCGGACAUUCUCAAGAUUUCUCGCGAAGUGUCACCAUAUUGCAAGGCACAUGAUAUGUACCACUACAGAUACAUCCCCUGAGGAUGCCCGUAAUCCCUGGGUGGCAUACGACACUCUGAAUCAGUCUGCGAUGGCUCCAAGACUCAACCUCCCGGAGAAGCUCGACUUGAGUUACUUCGAGGUAGGUCCAACUGUUGGCACCGGAUCAUACGCAUCCGUGUGCGUCGUUGGUUUGAAAACGGUGCCCGAGCCCCAACGGCCGACAUUUGCACUGAAAGUCCUGCACAAGACCAAGGUCAUCUCGGAACGUCAAGUGUUGCAUCUGAGGAACGAGAAGCAGAUCCUGUCGACGAUCACUCAUCCCUUUAUUGUGCGUUACCUUGGCAGCUUUCAGGACGAAGUGAACGUUUACAUGUUGCUUGAAUACGUCUGCGGCGGCGAGCUGUUCAGUUACAUCUACAAGUAUGGCGCAUUAGGCCACACCGUGGCCCGCUUUUACACCGCCCAGGCGGUGCUUGCCAUCGACUUUCUGCACUCGAAAGGUAUCGUAUACCGGGAUCUGAAGCCUGAGAACAUGCUGUUGGACCGUUUUGGCCAUAUACGCCUUGUGGACUUCGGUUUCGCCAAAGAGGUGAAGAACAAGACCUAUACGGUAUGCGGAACUCACGACUAUCUCGCCCCUGAGAUAUUUUUGCGCUGUGGCCACGGGGUGGAGGCUGAUUGGUGGUCUCUGGGUGUUUUGGUCUACGAGUUACUGACCGGCGCUCCGCCGUUUCACGCCUCCGACCCCGUAUCAACCUACGAUUUGGCUCUGGAGAACCGCAUCCUUUUCCCGCUUUCCGUAAGGAACGAGGUGAAGGACUUCAUCCGUAGACUUCUUGUGGUGAAUCCGCGCAAACGCCUCGGCACAGGCGGGAAUGCCGGCAUUUACUCCCAUCGGUUUUUUCACGGCAUCGACUGGAUGAAGAUGCUGGCCAAACAGUUGAAGCCUCCCAUUGUGCCUCGUCUUAGUGGCGGUACCGACACAACCAAUUAUAUGAAGUACAGCGACGACUGGAGGGCCUACAAUGUCAAAAUAACACCAGCACAGCAGGACGAAAAUUUUAGCGAUUUUUAG